GUUUUUGUUGGAAUUUGAGAGGGGCUUUUUUUCAUGUGAGACUUGGCAAUACUGGUGCUGUGUUACUGGUGACAUUGCAAGAAGUUCCGGAGACAGCGUCAGUACAAUGUGGCUUAACCGCGGCUGAGAAGAGCACGGAGUUUAAAAGGGCUAGGAUGUUUAAACUGCUUGGCAACUGCGGACAGAUUAUUAAUAGCCGAAACCUGACGUCUUGUUUGACAGCUAAGUUUUCAAGAUCGACUGCAUCCAUUUCGAGCAGGAGAAAGCACGCAGACACGCUCCCACCUCAUCAGUUUCAGCACAGGCACUCUGCAGGGAACAGCAAGACAUUUGAGAAUCAAAGCAGGGCUUCUUUUUCGAAAACCAUUGCUGCCAUGGCAACAGGAGGAGGAAAGGACAGGAAGCCAUCCCACACAAACAGGCUGAUUGAGGAGAAGUCUCCCUAUCUCCUCCAGCACGCCCACAACCCUGUGGACUGGUUUCCAUGGGGACAGGAAGCGUUUGAUAAAGCGAAGGCCGAGGAUAAACCCAUAUUUCUGUCAGUGGGGUACUCCACCUGUCACUGGUGCCAUGUGAUGGAGCACGAGUCCUUCGAGAACACAGACAUCGGGAGGAUGCUCAGCGACAACUUUGUGUGCAUCAAGGUGGACCGCGAGGAGAGACCCGACGUGGAUAAAGUGUACAUGACCUUUGUGCAGGCUACGACAGGAGGAGGCGGCUGGCCUAUGAGUGUGUGGCUGACGCCUGAUCUGCACCCCUUCAUUGGUGGCACCUACUUCCCCCCUGAGGACAGUGCAUACAGACCAGGGUUUAAGACAGUCCUGCUCCGGAUCACAAAGCAGUGGCAGUCUCAUCGCGAGGAUCUGGUGUCGAAUGGAGAGCGAAUCCUGGCUGCUCUCAAGAAGGGCACUUCCAUUUCUGCCAGCCCGGGAGAGACUCCUCCUCCUGGCCCCGAUGUGGCGGCGCGAUGCCUCCAGCAGCUGGCACAUGCCUAUGAGGAGGUGUAUGGUGGCUUCAGCCAGGCGCCCAAGUUCCCCACACCAGUGAACCUCAGUUUCUUGUUCAGUCACCAGGCCCUGCACAGGAGCUCUGCGGAGGGGGCCCAGGCUCUCCACAUGGCCCUGCAUACCCUGCGCAUGAUGGCUCUCGGGGGGAUCCACGACCAUGUCGCCCAGGGUUUUCACCGCUACUCCACUGAUGACUCCUGGCACGUUCCCCACUUUGAGAAGAUGCUGUAUGACCAGGCCCAGCUCUCUGUGGCCUACAUCACUGCCUACCAGGUGUCAGGGGAUGAGUUCUUUGCAGAGGUAGCCAGAGACAUUCUGAGCUACGUCUCCCGUGACCUGAGUGACCAGUCAGGUGGUUUUUACAGCGCAGAGGAUGCUGACUCAUACCCCACUGCCGAGGCCACGAAGAAGAAAGAGGGGGCUUUCUGCGUGUGGACUGAACAGCAAAUCAGAGAGCUGCUCACCCAGCCUGUUACCGAGGCAACCGGUGGAGCCACUCGGGCAGAUAUCUUCAUCCAUCACUACGGAGUGAAGGAGCAGGGCAACGUGAGGCCGGAGCAGGACCCUCAUGGGGAGCUCGCCGGUCAGAACGUGCUGAUUGUCCGUUACUCUCUGGAGGUGACCGCUGCUCGCUUCGACCUGAGCGUGCCACGGCUGAAGGAGAUCCUGAGAGGGUGCAGACAGCGCCUCGCGGAGGUCAGACGGGAGCGGCCUGCAGCCCAUCUGGACAGCAAGAUGAUAGCCGCCUGGAACGGUCUGAUGGUGUCAGGGUUUGCCCGGGUGGGAGCUGUGCUGGGUGAGAAGGUGUUCAUUGAGCGAGCGGAGAAGGCAGCGCGCUUCCUCAGGGAUCACCUGUUUGACGCAGCCAGUGGGAAGAUGCUCCGCUCCUGCUACCGAGGAGAGGAAAUGGGGGUAGAGCAAAUCUCAAAGCCUAUCAGCGGGUUCUUGGAUGACUACGCCUUUGUGAUUGGCGCUCUGCUGGACCUGUACGAAGCCUCGCUGGAUGCUGGCUGGCUGGAGUGGGCAGAGACUCUGCAGGAUAGGCAGGACCAGCUCUUCUGGGAUGAUCAGGGCAGCGGCUACUUCAGCAGCGAGGCCACUGACCGCUCUGUGCUGCUGAGACUCAAAGAAGACCAGGACGGUGCUGAGCCGAGUGCAAACUCUGUGUCUGCGCUAAGCCUCCUGAGACUGUCCCACUACACCGGCCGAAGGGAGUGGGCCGAGCGAUCCAGACACAUCCUCGCCGCCUUCUCAGACCGGCUUAUCAAGAUUCCUAUUGCACUGCCAGAGAUGGUCCGGGCCCUGACAGCACAGUACCACUCACUCAAACAGGUUGUUAUUGCUGGCCAGCCUCACUCCCAGGACACCCGGCAGCUGAUCAGCUGUGUCAACUCGCAUUUUGUGCCCAACAAGGUGUUAUUGCUGGCGGAUGACAAUACUGACAGCUUCCUGUACCAACGCCUGCCUGUCCUCACCUCCAUGACUCCACAGGGGGGCAAAGCCACAGCCUUCAUCUGCAAGAACUUCACCUGCUCCCUGCCAGUCACCUCCCCCGAGGAGCUCCGGAAAUUGCUGAUGGAGUGAGGGACAGGGAGACCGGGCCAGUUAACACUUUAAGGAUCCAUUAUGAACCAUCAAUAGUGCAUCUAAACUUGUUAUAUGAAUGCAUUGAUUCAUAUAACACGUUUAUUCAUUUUAUAACAUGUUCAUAAUGGAUCCUUAAAGUGUUACCCGGAAGAGUCCUUUCACAAGGCCCCCAAUAUUUGACCAUGAUUGAUAAUAAUAAUAAUUAGUGUUUCAAAGAUAAUCGCAAUUCACUAAUGACACAGCAUGGCUUCUUUUAGUUUGGCAUUGUAAAUACUGUGCUAAUUCUUGACAAAUCUGAAAUGCAUUCUCUGUUUAGUCUAUAGUUAUCUAUUAUUGAUGAUUCCUUAAUAAUUGUAAUUAUUAGUAGUGGAAUAUAUAUUUGAACAAACACUGCUUGAAAUGUAUUCUGUGGCAAAAUGACUUUGUGUGUAUUGGUUCAUAUACCUGAACUUCUAUAAAAAAGAAGGAAGCCAAUGCAUAAUGAUGACUGAAAUAAAUAACCACCACUGUACCGUA